AUUUAUAAAAAGUUUAAGAUAAAAAUUAAUUGUUUGAAUCAUUCGGAAUUCUAAUGUGUAAUAAUGAUUAUUUUACAACAUUUACUUCUUCUGAGUUAUUUGAUGAUUUCAACAUGUCAGAAUGAUUCAAAUCCACAGUUACUAUAUUCAAAUAUCAACGAAAUAGAGAUUAUCGACACUGACACCGGUGUAAAGACAACGAUUGCUAGUAACAUAAACAGGGCAAUCUCAGUUGACUUUCAUGUUACUAAAGGCUAUAUCUACUGGUCAGAUGUUACAGACCACACAAUAUCCAGAAUUAAGUACCAAUCAUCAAACAAUGGGACAGUCGAAGUUGUUAUCACAGAAGAUAUAAUGACCCCGGAUGGAAUUGCGAUAGAUUCUGUCAAUGACCAUCUAUACUGGACAGACACAGGGAUAGAUAAAGUAAUGCGAUCCAAUCUAGACGGAUCUGUAAGAACUGUCAUUCUGGAUACAGAUUUACAAGAGCCUAGAGCCAUUAUGUUGGAUACAUCGAAUAGCCUGAUGUACUUAAGUGACUGGGGUACUACGCCAAAAAUUGAAAAGUGCAAGUUCGACGGAACAAGUAGGCAAACAAUUGUCAGUGAUGACUUAAUGUGGCCAAACGCAUUAGCAAUAGAUUUUAAUGACCAAAGAAUCUACUGGGUUGAUGGUGGAUUAAGACAGAUUAAAUCAUCAAACCUGGAUGGGUCUAAUAUACAGUUAAUUCUGAAAAGUUCGGAAUGGUUACCACACCCUUUUGAUAUGGAUGUAUAUGGGAGCUAUAUAUACUACUCCGAUUGGUCUCUUUAUGGUAUUUUUAAGGUUUCAAAACUGGCAAACUCUACACCAGUAGCCAUAACUAAUGAAGUGUUGUCACCAAUGGGAAUGAAAAUUUACAGUAGUAAUGUUGACUUUCCUUCUGACGUAUUUUCUAUCCACAUAGACGUAAGCAGAGAAGAAGGUUCAGUUAUUACUGAAUUUUUCGGUCAAAGCUCUCCAAAUCUAGAACCUGUUUUCAAAUGCAGUUUUGUAGAUGUGGUUGGAAAAACUUACUUGUAUUCUAUAUAUUGGUACAUCAACGAAAACAGCGUGAAGACAUUUGAAAAUGUUAUAUUCCAAGAUAUUGAUUCAACUUGGCUCCGCCCUGAACACUGGGUUCAAAAUUACAAAAUGAAUAUGUACGUAAAAUGUUCUGUUAGGGCAAGGAAAAGUGUCAAUGGCACACUAAGUCCUCAUCAGUAUAGUGCAAAUUUUAUAGCAGGAGUAAUUCCAGACAACUACAUAUAUGAGGUUUCCGAAGGAAGUAACGUUACUUUUACUGUGCAAUCAACAGUACCAAUUGGUUGUACAAGCAUUUUGUUAAUUAAUAAUUGUAAAGAAACUUUCAAAAUAGGCUAUCCAAGUUAUACAAAAAAUUCAGAAGCCUGUGAUGGAUCAAUAGACAAUGGCGACCUUGCAUUUGAAAGAGAAACAUGUGGAGUUGAAAUUCCGGCUAAUAACUGGAAUAAAAUAAAUGAUAUUGUCGUCUACGGAUAUGUAGACAGUGUAUAUAACACAGAAAGUGUGCGAACUACUAACAUUCGUCUUACACAUCAGUUAAGUAGGAAAGAUCCAUCUCAUGCGUGGGACAAUGUUGUAAUUCCUAAUAUUCAGAUCCGAAUCAAGGACGAAGACAUCAAUAUUGAACUUGCUAAGUGCGAAACAUGGAGUGAUCCAAGGUAUUACACAUUCGACAGGACAUAUUUCUCAAAGUCUAUAUCUGGAGAAUAUGUGUUAUAUCGACAUAAAAGAAAUCCUUAUUGGGUACAUACACUGUCUACAGCAUGUUGGGAUGGUACCUGCAAUGUAGGUGUGGCGAUACGUAGCCACAAUUCUCUGUUUGUUGUUAGGACUAGUGAUGUAGUAUCCCAUAAUGUUGUUGUUCAAGGUCGUGUGCAUCCAUUUGUAAAUUUUCGCCACUGUGAUGACCAAAAUAUGGUUGUGAAACGACAUGGAACACAAUACACGGUUAUACUUCCAACUGGUACAGAAAUAUGGUUUAAAAUUGGAAAAGGAAUACUUGGGUUUCCAGGUUACUGGAUAUGGCACGUCACAAUAAAACCGUCUGCACUGGACAUAGAACAAACAGAAGGACUAUGUGGAUUUUUAAGUCGAGAUGGAAGCAAAAAUGACGAUUUUUCAGAACGCGACACUGGCCAUGUUGUAGAUGAGAGUACAUUUAUAAAAUCAUGGAAUAUUGAAGACGAUUCAACCGAGAGUUUAUUCACAGCUGAUCCUGGAUUUUUAAGUGAUGAGUAUCUUCAACCAUUUUGCGCCUGUAAAGAGGUUGUGAGUGACAGUUCUUCAUUUCAAAACUACAACAAAGUUGACUGCAACUUAACACAGCCCUUAGAAGGGUGCUAUAAUACCACGACUGAUUUAGAUACAUCAUUUUAUUCAUCAUGCUCUCCUGCAAGGAAAAAGAGAGAUGUUAUUUAUUCAGAAGACAGACAAACAAGAAAAGUAAAAAGAAGCGUCGAAGACAGUGAUGACAUAACCGAGGAAACUAUUCUUCGUUAUGCAUCGGAUUUUGUUCCAAAGUUUUUCAGACCAGAACCAGAAUGGACAGAUGGAUGGACAGAAGAAAAAGCCCGUAUAGCGUGUACUACUGGAUUUAAUGACAAUGUGCAACUAUCUAAAUGUAAAGAAUAUGUUUACCUAUUUACGGAAGAAUAUGUUACGUCGUGUAUUCAAGAUAUCAAGGCAUCUGGAAAUACAACGCUCAUGAUGAUGACAGUCGAUAAGAUGCUUGCAUCAUGUGUAAUUGAGAUAUCAAGAAAUGAAUCAAUGCGAAAUAGCUCAAAUUCUGGAUCUAAAGAAUCCCUAUCUGAAGCCAUUACAAGUGAACUCUGUCAGAAUGACUGUAGUGGUCAUGGGACUUGCGAAAAAGGAAUUUGCAAAUGCACAAAUGGAUUCAACGGAUUAGACUGUUCGUUUUUCAACAAUUUACCUCCAUCUGGAAUAACUCUUCCUGAUGCUGGUAGAUGUGGAACCAGAAAUCGGCAAUGUAGUAAAACAAAUGUUUACGGUGAUUUCGACACAGAGAACAUAUGGUUCAAACGAAGACAUUUUCAGAUAAUAGAUAACCAAAAUCGUUCCAGUGGAACAAUAGAAACAAUGAAAGCAGAAUACCGAAAUCCGUAUAUGGUUACUUGUCAGCUUGCCUCCUCGAGGAGAAAAAGAGAUCUGAGCAAUAUAGUUAUGGCAGAAGGCUAUUAUCUUAGCUUUUCAUUGGACGGAUCAACUUUCGGAGAGGAAGUUACUAUUAUUAUAUAUGAUGAAAACUGUUACUCAUGUAAUGCAACCACGGUUUCAUGUUUAAUAUUGGAUUCAUGUCAAACAGAUACAGCAGCAAAGAUAAAUUCAGAUAGUCGAAAAAUUGGUUUGAUUAUAGGACUAGUUGUAGCUGGUGUAAUACUGCUAGUUAUAAUAGUUGUCGGUAUUAGGUUUUUCAAAUACAAGAAUAACAGACAGAAGCCUCAAUACGAAGAAAAUACUGACGAAACAAAUACAGAUUUAAAUGAUGAAUUGAAUGUGUGUAAUGUCCCUCCUGUAAAAAAUACGAUUCCUGUUUAUGAUCAUCUACACAGAGAGAAAACAACAGCCCCUCAGAUGAAAGACGAAGUAGAGAAGCGUCCAAAAACGCCAUUUGAGCUUUUUAUAGUUGAGAAAAAUUUUCACAAUUAAAGAAACUAAAUAUAUGCUAACUAUAUACUUUUGUUUAAUGUCAAGAUCACAUGCUCAUUAUCAAAUACUAUUGUGUUGCAAUUGUUUACUUAAAACAUACUUAUAUCUAGAUGGACAUGUCUUAAUAAAAUUAUAUCUCCCAAUGGAAACUUGUAAUCAUUGUACUAUACAUGUACAUUUACUAUUGGGUUGUUUUUUUUCAAUAUUGUUCCGAGAUAGAACUAAGAACAUUCAAUCUAACUUUUUGAUUUAUUCAUAUUCCGAGGUCCAAAUAUUUCCUCGCUGCCUUGAAGACUUAUCGGUGGCCUUCAGCUGUUUAUCAGUUCUUUGCUCGGGUUGUUGUUUUAAUUGAUUUGACUGUCCCUCUGGUAUCGUAUGUCCUUCUUUUGACUUAUUUCCCAUUUCCAUUCUUAUUUUAUUUCGUUUGAAUUUUAGGUUCAUAAGGGAAUUUACGUUUUAAACGAUCGGUGGAAAACUAGCUUUACCUAUUUUAACAUCUUUUAAACUGAAUUUUACUGUGCGUAUUGCUGUGUUUUUGUUUAUUUCAUAUUUACUAAAGGUAUAAAAGGAAGGAGCCCCUUGGCUUUGUUUAUCUUGUAUGUUGUAUUUUUAAUUAAAUUUUGGUUUAUUUAUAUGUUUGGAAAUUUAAUGUCACGCCCAUUUCGAGGAACUGGUAUAAAAAACAAAACAAAAACAACAUACAAGGCAAUGUAUAAUGACAUAAGAUACACUGUUCCUAAAUAAUGGCCCUGUUGGUCUUAUUUGUACAGAGUGUAAUUUUCUCAUUAAAACAAAUGAUAAAUGAAAAAGACGCGAAUUGCUUUUCUCUAAUUUUGUAAUUUAAAAAAAUCGUACUUUCUCCAAAAGUUUAAAAUCGAUAUAAGAACUCAAAUCUUAAAUAUUGAACAUGGUCUGCUUAAAAUAUUGAAUGACUUUACAGAUAUUCGAAUACUUUAAUUCUCAUCUUCGAAUUUAAAUGAUGUUAUCAUUUUCCACAAAAUAAAUUUGGCCCCAGUGUUCUUUUACUCGGAAUUUUUAAACUUACCA